GUCCCUAGCGGCAAAAGGGCGUGCUGGAGCAGGCGUGCUGGAGCAGGGAGAUCUGUGCAGGUCUGGAGAUCAGUAGGUCGUUCAAUUCACUACCCGUACUAGUACACGAUGUCAUGCUGUGUUUACGCAUGUGGUACAGUGAAGCAUGUGGUGAGCGGGCACAAACUACCCUGCGGCUGUCGCUCACGGCCACCUCCAAAGCUUCUGCUCAUCUUGUGCCCGUCAAAAUAUGGCCCAUCUCUGCACCGUUGGCAACAAUUAGCUGCAAGUGCUGAUUGCUGCUGGUUGGCUUAGUCCAGAAUCAGGGCCAACCGAAAUGCUCAUCUGCUCAUGACUUUCAAGGAGUUCUUGGAUUUGCAACUUCUCCAUGCUCACAAAGCACCCUGUGUUUCUUCCCCACUAGCAAUCAGCCCACGAGACAAUAUAUUCUCUGUUUGGCAUAUCGAUGAAGUGCAAUACUUCGAACAGCUGAAGCAAGGUGCUUUGAUGAUGUUCUGGAGCAAAGGUGAAGUGGACGAGUCGAUGAAGAGCGCCGAGCUGGAUGCCUGCGGCCUCACAAAUGCGAUGAGCCUAGCUGAAAGCAUCACUGCCAAAAUGGCAUGCCAUGCCCCUUCAAAGAUCGGUGGUCAGGUCGAGGUUGGCAUGCAGUGCAGCUUGUCUCUUGCUGACAAGUCUGUUGGGUGCUCGUUCAAACCAGGGAGCGAGUCUAGGAGCGUGCAGACUAUGGAGGCUGUGGAGCAGUUAAGCUCCACCUCAGCAUUGGGGCCUUCAAUUUCUGCAUCAACUGCCAAAUUUGACAACUCAAAGCAAGGAUGCCUCCACCGAUGUCAACUAUGUGACUAUGUGGCUGAUGAACUUUUUCUUCUGGAAGCACAUGCCAGCAUCCAUACUAGCGAGAAGCCAUUUAAUUGCCCUUCAUGCUCUCGGAGCUUCUCACACAAGUAUUAUUUGAAUGUCCAUUUGCGGACUCACACAGGCGAGAAGCCAUUUGACUGCCCUUCAUGCUCUCGGAGCUUCUCACAAAAGCCCCACUUGAAAGCCCACCUGCGCACCCACACAGGCGAGAAGCCAUUUGACUGCCCUUCAUGCUCUCGGAGCUUCUCAGAAAAGGGCCACCUGAAAGCCCACCUGCGCACCCACACAGGCGAGAAGCCAUUUGACUGCCCCUCAUGCACUCGGAGCUUCUCACGGAAGAGCGGCCUGAAAGCCCACCUGUGCACACACACAGGCGAGAAGCCAUAUGAGUGUCCUUCAUGCUCUCAGAGCUUCUCAAUCAAGGGUUGCCUGAAAGCCCACCUGCGCACCCACACAGGUGAGAGGCCAUUUGACUGCCCUUCAUGCUCUCGGAGCUUCUCAGAAAAGCGCCACCUGAAAGCCCACCUCCGCACCCACACAGGCGAGAAGCCAUUUGACUGCCCUUCAUGCUCUCGGAGCUUCUCAGAAAAUAGAAGCCUGAAAGGCCACCUGCGCACCCACACAGGCGAGAAGCCAUAUCAGUGCCCUUCAUGCUCUCGGGGCUUCUCAGAAAAUAGCAGCCUGAAAGCCCACCUGCGCACCCACACAGGCGAGAAGCCAUAUCAGUGCCCUUCAUGCUCUCGGGGCUUCUCACGAAAAAAAGACGUGAAAAUCCACCUGCGGACUCACACUGGCGAGAAGCCAUUUGACUGCCCUUCAUGCUCUCAGAGCUUCUCACGAAAGCCCCACCUGACAGCCCACCUGCGCACCCACACAGGCGAGAAGCCAUUUGGCUGCCCUUCAUGCACUCGGAGCUUCUCACGAAAUGACAGCCUGAAAGCCCACCUGCGCACCCACACAGGCGAGAAGCCAUUUGACUGCCCUUCAUGCACUCGGAGCUUCUCACGAAAUGACAGCCUGAAAGCCCACCUGCGCACCCACACGGGCGAGAAGCCAUUUGACUGCCCUUCAUGCACUCGGAGCUUCUCACUAAAGGCCCACCUGAAAGCCCACCUGCGCACCCACACAGGCGAGAAGCCAUAUCAGUGCCCUUCAUGCUCUCAUAGCUUCUCAAAAAAGGGUCACCUGAAAGCCCACCUGCGCAUCCACACAGGCGAAAAGCCAUAUCAGUGCCCUGCAUGCUCUCGGAGAUUCACACACAAGGGCAACCUUAGGAAACACAUGAGGCGAGAAGCCACUUCAUUGCCCACUGUGCCUUCAGUGAUUCUCGUUGAAAAAUGCCCUGAAGAUACACCGGUGCGUUCAUACAAGUGACCGGCCAUAUAGUUGCAUUGCCUGCUUCAGGUCUUCAUCACUUGAACAUACUUGGAGAGCACAGCACCAUGAUUCAAUUCAAUUCACUUUUUUUUCAACA